UAAGGCGGGGAAAAGGACCUAAUUGGUUCAUUUUAGCCUACACUCCACCUUGGCUCCUCCUCGCCCAUCCAGGUUAAUACCUUUAUGUCUGUGGGGCACCGAACAAAGUUUAGUUGGGUGUUGAAAUUACACUUGUGUCCAUUGAUUUCUUGCUGGUGUUUAACAUCUUCCUCUUUAAUUUUCAAGCUGCGCUUUUAUGCCACAUAAUGGCUUUCUCCACACAGUCAGAUGCACUCGUAUUUUUUGUGAAUGGCAGGAAGAUAAUAGAGCAAAAUGCAGACCCUGAAAAAUUGCUGUUGUUUUACCUGAGAAAGGGACUUCGUCUCUCAGGAACGAAAUAUGGCUGUGGAAUAGGUGGCUGUGGAGCCUGCACCGUGAUGAUCUCCACAUAUGAACCAACUUCCAAGAAGAUAAUGCAUUAUCCUGCCAACUCCUGUCUCUUACCCAUAUGCUCGCUGCACGGCUCUGCUGUCACCACUGUGGAAGGUGUUGGAAGCACAAAAACGAGGGUUCAUCCAAUUCAGGAAAGGCUGGCCAAGUGCCAUGGCUCUCAGUGUGGCUUCUGCACCCCUGGAAUGGUGAUGUCCAUGUAUGCUUUGCUGAGAAACCACCCUGACCCCUCCAUGGAGCAGAUAACUGCAGCUCUGGAUGGUAAUUUGUGCCGUUGCACUGGAUACAGACCAAUAACAGACACCUACAAGUCUUUUGCUGGGGAAACAGCAUGUUGUCAACUGAGAGGAACAGGGCAAUGUUGCCUGGACAAAGAAGAUGUGUGCUCAUCUUCUGACAAGGGAAAUCAGAUGCAUUCUGAUCUCUACAAUCCUGAAGAAUUCCAGCCUGUAGACACAACCCAGGAGUUUAUCUUUCCUCCUGAACUAAUGAGAAUGGCUCAAGAACAGCAAAAAAGAACUCUGGUUUUCCAUGGGGAAAGAACAACAUGGAUUUCUCCCAAUAACCUCAGGGAACUUCUGGAGCUGAAGGCCAUGUACCCCAAAGCACCUCUCGUUGUAGGGAACACCAGUGUGGGACUUGAAAUGAAACUUGAUGGUGUUCAUCAUCCAGUUAUCAUCCAUCCCACUAGGAUUCCAGCUCUGCAUGUUGUGAGUAAUACAAACAAUGGACUAGUGAUAGGUGCUGCCUGCUCUCUGGCCCAACUCAGAGACGUCCUGAUGAAAGUAGUCCCGGAGCUUCCAGAGGAGAAGACAGAGAUUUUCCGUGCUCUCUUGCAGCAGCUGAAAACCCUAGCUGGAGAACAGAUCAGGAGUUUGGCUUCCUUAGGUGGACAUAUUGUAAGUAGAGGUUCAACUUGGGAUCUGAACCCUGUCCUAGCAGUUGGCAACUCUGUCCUCAGUCUGGCAUCAAAAGACGGAACACGACAGAUUCCUUUAAAUGAUGAGUUUCUUGCUGGAUAUGAAAAUGCAGAUCUUAAGACAAAAGAAAUCAUAGUCUUGGUUCUCAUCCCAUACUCUAAGAAGGAUGACUUUGUGUCAGCAUUCCGACAGGCUGAGCGCCGGAAAAAUGCUUUAUCAGUUGUGAAUUCUGGAAUGAGAGUCCUUUUCAAACCAAGCACCGACAUCAUAAUGGACCUGAAUAUUUUAUAUGGAGGCAUUGGGCCUAACACAGUCAGUGCAAGGAAAUCCUGCCAGAGGCUCAUAGGGAGGCAAUGGAAUGAGCAGAUGCUGGAUGAAGCUUGCAAACUGGUGCUUGGAGAAAUUUCUCUCUCCCCCUCAGCUCCAGGUGGGAAGGUGGAAUACAGAAGAACUCUGCUUGUCAGCUUCCUUUUCAAGUUCUACCUGGAAGUGUUGUAUGGAUUAAAUAAAAUGUAUCCAGCUAAGUAUCCUGACUUAUCAAAGAAGAACAUGAGUGCCCUAGGAGCAUUUCACAGCGAAGCACCCCAGGGUAUGCAAACAUACCAGGAUGUAGACCCAGUGCAGCCUCCCUAAGAUCCAGUAGGACGUCCCAUCAUGCACCAGUCUGGGAUUAAGCACGCCACUGGUGAAGCUGUUUAUUGCAAUGACAUUCGUGCUGUGGAUGAAGAGCUUUUCCUGGCUGUGGUAACCAGUUCCAGAGCCCACGCAAAGAUUGUUCACCAUUUGGUGAUCUGCGUGGAUCAGAUUGUCUGUGCUGUGGUUGCAGAGUCAGCUGUUCAGGCAAAGCGAGGGGUUCAAAAAGUGAAGAUAGAGUAUGAAGAUCGGGAGCCAGUACUGACCAUUGAGGAUGCAAUAAAGCACAAUUCAUACUUUGGAAAAGAAAAGAAAAUAGAACAAGAAAAUAUUGAAGAAGGAUUUAAGUCUGCUGAUGAAAUUAUUGAAGGUGAAAUCCACAUUGGAGGACAAGAACACUUUUACCUGGAAACUAACAAUGUACUUGUCGUUCCAAGAGGAGAGGAUAACGAAAUGGAUGUGCAUGUGUCCACUCAGGAUGCAGCACGUGUACAGGUAUUAGUGGCUUCGGCUUUAGAUGUCCAGUCCAGUAAGAUCAUGUGCCACACAAAACGCGUUGUUGGAGCGUUUGGAGGGAAGAUUACAAAGCCAGCAAUUUUUGCUGUAGUUGCAGCAGUGGCAGCAAAAAAGACUGGGCGUCCAAUCCGCUUUAUCCUGGAGCGAGAUGAGGAUAUGCUAAUCACUGGAGGCCGACACCCUUUCUAUGGAAAAUAUAAAGUAGGAUUUACAAAUGAUGGUAGAAUCACAGCUGCAGAUAUUGAGUCCUACAUUAAUGUUGGAUGUACUCUAGAUGAGUCUGAACUGGUAAUUGAGUAUGUUGUGCUAAAAACGGAUAACGCUUACAAGAUCCCUAACCUCCGAGUCCGAGGACGCGCCUGCAAGACGAACUUGCCAUCAAACACAGCGUUCCGAGGAUUUGGCUUUCCACAAUCGGGUUUGUUUACAGAAUCCUGGAUAGCGACGGUUGCAACCCAAACUGGCUUGCCACAUGAGAAGAUCAGGGAGAUAAACAUGUACAAAGGAGUUAAUCUAACUCCCUUCAAAGAAGAGCUCGAUGCAACAAACCUGGUGAAAUGUUGGAAAGAAUGUAUGGAGAAGUCUGACUACUACAGCAGGAAAACAGCUGUGGAAGAAUUUAACAAGCAAAAUUACUGGAAGAAGAAAGGGAUUGCCAUUAUUCCUAUGAAGUUUUCAGUUGGAUUUAAUGCUACACUGUACCAUCAGGCUGCAGCUCUGGUCCAUAUCUAUACAGACGGGUCUGUGCUGGUCACUCAUGGUGGAAUUGAACUGGGACAAGGAAUUCACACCAAGAUGUUGCAGAUUGCCAGCCGUGAAUUGAAGGUACCAUUGUCAUAUGUACACUUUUGUGAAACAAGCACAAUAACUGUGCCUAAUGCGAUUGUCACAGCAGGAUCGAUUGGGUCAGAUGUCAAUGGGAAAGCAGUCCAGAAUGCUUGUCAGAUUCUUCGGAAACGCCUGGAGCCCAUCAUUAAUAAAAACCCCGAAGGGAAAUGGGAGGACUGGAUUACUGAAGCUUAUGAGCAAAGUGUGAGUCUUUCAGCUACUGGCUACUUCAGAGGCUAUGUGGUAAAUAUGAACUGGGAUACAGGGGAAGGCCAGGCUUUCCCAUAUUUUGUUUUCGGAGCUGCUUGUUCUGAAGUGGAGAUUGAUUGUCUGACAGGAGAUCACAAGAACAUCGGAACAGACAUUGUCAUGGAUGCUUGUUUCAGCAUAAAUCCAGCUGUAGAUAUAGGACAGAUUGAAGGUGCCUUUGUUCAGGGGGUUGGACUUUAUACAAUGGAAGAAAUAAAGUUCUCCCCAGAAGGAGAGCAGUACACUCUGGGUCCAGAUACGUAUAAAAUCCCUGCUGUCUGUGACAUACCUGAACAGCUCAGGGUUUACUUGCUGCCAAACUCCCGAAACCCAAUUGCCAUCUACUCCUCCAAGGGGAUGGGUGAGGCAGGGCUGUUCCUGGGAUGUUCUGUGUUCUUUGCUAUCUGGGAUGCAGUGGCCGCUGUGCGGAAGGAAAGAGGAUUAACCAGGAUCUUCACACUGAACAGCCCCCUGACAGUGGAGCGGAUUCGAAUGGCCUGUACCAAUCAGUUUACUGAGAUGAUUGCCAAAGAUAAGCCUGGAACCUAUAAACCUUGGGCGAUCGACAUUGCCUAAUACUGUGUUUUCCAAAGUAUGAAAUAAUUAUGUGACUGUUUCCAUCACUGUUGGAAUUAAAGCAUUCCAAAUGUAGAAAUAAAAUAUUUGAUUUAAAA